AGCACGUUUUGGGUCGAGUGUGCACAUUUCAGCCCAUCACCAUGGACGGCUUGAUUUUGGAGGGCAAGGACGAUGGCAAGAGCAACAAGGUGCACGUCCGAAUGCAGCAGCGAAACGGCCGCAAGUCCUGGACUACCGUGGCUGGCUUUCCUGAGCAGGUGAGACUUCCAAAAUCUGGCAAGGUCCUGCAGGUGGACUUCGAGAAGAUCUUGCGGACGCUGAAGAAGACCUUCAAGACCAACGGGGUGUUGAUCAAGGACCCGGACCACGGCAGUGUCAUGCAGCUACAGGGCGACAUUCGCAAGGAGGUGGCAGAGUUCUUGAUUGAAGUGACCGCCAUCAUCACAAAAGACCAGGUGAUGAUCCACGGCUCCUGAGCAAUUCGCGUUGUGCAGCAGUAAGUCACAGCUCCUUGUGCACGCGCAGUGGCUGGAACGCCUCAGCAAACCGCGAAAAGGCAC